AUGAACGCCGGCCGCGACCCAACAUCGCGCCUGCGGGCCAACCUCAACCCGCUGCGCACUACGGCCCUCGGCAAUGGCUUUCACGGUCCCAACACCACGCCUCUGUCCGCCGUUUCCAUGAACCAGACACCUGCCAGCGCCAUCCAGCCCUACAACCCACAGCAAUGGGCACCGUCACCGGCCCCGGAACGGCAUCAUUACCAAGAACAACCGCGUGAGUGA